GCUCCGUUUGUCGGCGGCAUCUCGGCGCAUGCCCAGGGCUGCCGAAAUGCCGCCGAAGGACAUGCGCCUUUUUUCUCUGCCGCUCCUCCUCGGCAGCAACCCUGGCUACGCCACUGACUAGACCAAGCCAUCAGCUCACAAGGCUGCCUAGGCUCCUCCAAAAUCUCCUUGUCCUCCUCGCCCUUGUCCCAGCACCCAGGGCUGGUUACAGAGAAAUACUGGGAUAGUGAGGCAGCUUCCCUACCUGGUAAACCGUGUUCUCCACACUGCACUGAGCUGCUUCCAGCAAAGCCCUGCUACCUUUUCCAGGUUCCCUUUUACGAGCUGUACCAGCCACCAAUCCAUCACCCAUCAGAAAUCUCCCCUUGCCCCCUCAGGCAGGGCUUCAACCUGACCAUCCACUGAAUCUGCUGCUGAGAAACAUUGUCCUGACCCAUGAGCUCUUUCUGCUCUUGAGCUAACUCCAGAUUCACUCCUGAGACGUGAGACAGACAUGCAGAAACUCCACUCACAGACACGCUGCUUCCCACCAGGCUAGAGCCCGCUCCCCGGUUCCUAGUCCCUGGCCCGUCCUUGCAGCCGGACUAGCUGUUACCCAGCGCGUCCCCCGCCCCGCUCGCUCCGCCUGGGGCUGCGUCGCAGGGAGCCGGAGAGAGCAGCGGUGGUUAGGAAAGCAGGUGCUGCCGCCCCGGAAGCUGCUGGCCGUCCUGCCCCUGCUCUGUGGCGAUUUGCCCAGCCGGAUGGGCCAGCAGUGCCCCAGUCUGCACUCAGCUCACGGCGCGUCUCUGUCCGCGGCCCCCGGUCAAUGCCAGCGCACCAGGGCCCGUCCUCGGCCGCAGCGGGGGAACCCUGGCGGGCAGCCUGGGGACACGGAGCCCCUGGCACCUCUGUAAUUGUCUGCAGAUCAAAGGCCUGGGUGAUGGGCCCACUGACGACUUCCAGCGUCUCACCCCCAGCUCAGCCUGGAGUCGGAGACCUGGGCUGAAUCUCAGAACAAGCUGGGCCGGGGAGCUGGCUCUGGCUGGGACUCGGCCCUGGGGGAAGGCUGGGGACCCCCUCACCGGGACCGUCACUGCACUAGGGACCAGCCCUGCCCUGGCCCCACCCGCAUUUCCAGCUCCGACUUCCCGGGCAUGGCUGUGCCCACGUCCCUCUGUGCUCCAGAGCCCAGGUGCCCGGGCCAGGCUGGGCACUGGGGCUGCCGUUACGAUGCCGAGGGGCCAUGCUGGGCCAGGCGCUGGAGGGAUGAGCUGCUCCAGGAGCUGUGCAGAGGGAGCUGCCCAGGACCCCGUCUCCUCGGCCGGGGUGGGCGCUGGCUCUCGCCGGGGCGGUAACGCUCUUCUCUUUUCCUUUGCAGAAACCCGGCCACUCGCGGCGCUUCGGGCGCUUCACGCAUGUGAAGUUUUCCGCUCCUGCAGAAAGCAAAGCGACGACUCGGAGACAGGCGAGGACGACGCCAGCGACCCCCAGGGGACACAGCGCAGUGAGCUCCAGGACGAGACGCCUUUCAGCUCCCCCACAGGGGAGUCGGACACGCUGGUGGACAGCUCCAUGAGCACGUCGGCGCUGGGCCUGUCGCAGGCGGAGGAGCGCUCCAGCUGGUCGGGCAGCCAGCAGACGGUGGUGGAGAAGGAGCCGGAGCCCGGCCCCCCAGUGAGGGGGCCCUUCCUGCGCCCCGGGGGCUGGCAGCCGCAGAGGACCCCAAGGCAAGCACAUGCGCAGGCCCCCCGCGGCGCCGAGGUCAGGCACCUGGGGGUGGAGCCGCUGCUACGGGCGUCGCGUGCUAUUCUGGUGGGCACAAGCUGGGGGUCGGAGGAGAGCCUCUCGGUGGCCAGCGACCCCUACGGCAGCGCCUUCAGUCUGUACAGAGGACGGGCGCUCUCGCUGCACGUCAGCAUCCCCCAGGGCGGGUACAGGAGAGACGACCUCAACGGCAGCACCUCGGAGCUCUCGCCGAAGCCUGGGGCAGACCCCCCAAGGCCUCCGGCCCAGGCGCUGGCCUCCAAGCCUCCUGUUCUCUGCCUGCCGUCUCCCAGGGUGGGCCAGUCCCCGGCCCAGCCGCCCGGAGCCGCGUCUCAGCCGGCCAGCCGAGGUCCUGGCGUCCCCUCUCCCACGCCCCUGACGCCCCGCCGCACGGCCCUGAUGCCGGCGGAGUACCAGGACACGGUCCCCGAGGAGUACGAGGAGAAGGUCCAGAAGCCCAAGUCCCUGGGGUACUCGCAGGCCAGCACGCUGGAGUCCCGGCCCCAGACCCCGCUGAGCGAGACCUCCAGCCGCGUGUCGGUGCUGCGGCCCUCGCCCAAGCUGGCGCGCUCCGGCUCCAAGAUCUUCGAGAAGCUGAAGUACUUCGAGGAGCGCCGGAGGAGCCUGGAGCAGAGCGACAGCCCCCUCCCGGUCCACGCCUGGCUGCCCCUGCGCAAGACGCGCUCCUUCGACCAGCCCGACCUGGGCCAGCGCCCGCUCACGCCGGGCGGCUCCCGGGAGGAGCUGCGGGACGGGGUGCGGUCGGAGAUGGGCGGCCCGACGUGCCGGCGCCAGGCCUUCCGCCACAAGGCCGCCUCGUUCGACGAGCGGGGCCGCUUCGCCAGCCGGGUCGGCGACAUCGAGCACAGGUUCUCCGAGGAGCUGAGCCGCAUCAAGAAGACUGUCUCCAAGCAGCAGCUGAUGAGGUCGCAGGAGCUGGCAAAGGCCGGCGUCCCGCGGGCCCCCUCACCCCGGGGCCCCAGCCAGCUCUCUGCCCCCCGGGCGCUGGAGGCGCAAGCCAGCCCGGCCCCGAAAGGCCAGCUGCCCAAGGCCCCGCCGCCUGUGGAGAACGCGCACGGGAUCCAGCAGCUGGCCAUGGCCAGCGUGGGGCUGGGGGGGCCCGGAGACGGGGCGGAGCGGGCGGCCACCCGGAAGCCGCUGCUCCGGAGCUGCGCCCUGGCCAGCCAGCCCCGGGAGGAGGCCAGAGGCAGGAGGAGUGUGGAGCCGGAAGGUGCUGAGGGCAAGAGGAAGGUGGAGCCGUGCCCCUUAUCGCUGGGGCGGGGGGACCUGCCGGAGGCCGGGACCCCCGAGGGAGCCGCAUGCCUGGAUGGGGGCCCAGCCGGCCGCGACGGCAGGGCCCCCGGGGCUGGGAGCGAAGCCCUGACCACCAGGCCAGCAGGCCAGCACGGGCCGCACAGGAAGCGGGCCGCGGGCCAGGAGGUGCGGUUCUUACCCUGGGCCAAGCCCGGGCCGGAGCUCGGAGCCGGCCUGGAGGGGGCCGGGGCCGGGGCCGGGCCGCGCGGCACAGGCAGGGAUGCCGAGCAAAGGCAGCUGAAGGUCACAGAGAAGAAGGAAGGUGCCCGGCUGGCUCAGGAAGGGAGACGCGCCCGGAGCAAGGGGAAAAGCCGCCGGCCCCGGCCCACCUCGCCAGAGCUAGAGUCAUCCGAUGAUUCGUACGUCUCCGCUGGCGAGGAUCCCCUGGAGGCCCCGGUCUUUGAGAUCCCCGUCCAGGACGCUGUGGUGACGGUGGGCGCAGAGGUGCUGCUGAAGUGCAUUGUCACAGCCAACCCCAUGCCCGCAGUGUCCUGGCGGAAGGACGGCGUCCUGCUGAGGGGCAGCGCCGGGCGCCCCAUCAAGGUGGAGGGCGAGCGCCACACGCUGCUGCUGCCGAGCGCCCGGGCGGCCGACGCCGGCCUGUACACGGCCACGGCCGCCAACGAGCUGGGGGAGUCGCGCUGCAGCGCCAGGCUGAGCGUGCGGCCGGCGCCCCCUGCGGAGAGCCGGGGGUCCCUGCCGCCCCCCCCGGCCCUGGCCAGCCCCAUCACGUCGGACGAGGAGUACCUGAGCCCCCUGGAGGAGUUCCCAGCGUCCGGGACCCCCCAGCACCGGCUGGCCGGGCAGCUGCAGCGCACAGUCGACCUCGGCGCCGCCCGCAGCCCGGUGGAGACCAACUUCAAGGCUGCCCCCACCUUCGAGCUGGCUCUGGGUGACCUGUCGGUGCUGGAGGGGCAGGACAUCAGCAUGAGCGUCCGGGUCCGGGGCGAACCCAAACCCAUCAUCCACUGGCUGAGGAACCGGCAGCCGGUGAAGGUGGGCCGGCGGCUCUCCGUGGCGGAGGGGGAGGGCGGCUCCUGCACCCUGCACAUCCUGGCGGCAGAGCGCGCGGACGCCGGCUUCUACGCCUGCAAAGCCAUCAACGAAUACGGCACCAAGCAGUGCGAGGCCAAGCUGCAGGUCCGAGUGCACCCCGCGAGCCAGGCCCUGGCUGUGCUGGCGCCGCUGCAGGACGUGACGGUCGGGGCCGGGGAGCUGGCGCUCUUCGAGUGCCUGGUGACGGGCCCGCCGGACCUGGACGUGGACUGGCUCUCGCGGGGGCGGCUGCUGCAGCCCGCCCUGCUCAAGUGCAAGAUGCACUUUGAUGGGCACAAGUGCAAACUGCUGCUCACCUCCGUGCACGAGGACGACAGCGGCGUCUACACCUGCAAGCUGAGCACAGCCAAGGAGGAGCUGACCUGCAGCGCCCGGCUCACCGUGCGCCCGUCGAUCCAGCCGCUCUUCACCCGCAAGCUGGAGGACCUGGCCGUGGUGAAGGGACGGACGGCGCGUUUCGACUGCAAGAUCAGCGGCACCCCCACGCCCACCGUCACCUGGACCCACUUCGGCCAGCCCGUGGAGGAAGGCGAGAACGUGCGGCUGCAGCAGGAGCGGGGGCUGCACUCGCUGCUCAUCGCGCAUGCGGACAGCGAGGACGAGGGGCAGUACGGGGUCUGUGCCGCCAACGCGCAAGGCCAGGCCGAGUGCUCCGCCGAGCUGUACGUGGAGGAGCCGCGCCCGGCCGCCACCUCCCACAGCUCCAAGCUGGAGAAGAUGCCGUCCAUCCCGGAGGAGCCGGAGCUGCCGGAGAACGAGGUGGAGCGCUUCACCAUGCCCGACUUCCUGCGCCCGCUGCACGACCUGGACGUGGUGGAGUCCAAGGAGGCGGUGCUGGAGUGCCAGGUGGCCGGCCUGCCCUACCCCACCAUCACCUGGUUCCACAACGGCACCAAGAUCCGCAGCUCCGAGGACCGCAAGAUGACCCAGUACAAGGACACCCACCGCCUGCUGUUCCCAGCCGUCAGCCACGCCCACGCCGGCGUCUAUAAAAGCGUCAUUGCCAACCGGGUGGGGAAGGCCACCUGCUACGCUCACCUCUACGUGACAGACGUGGUGCCGACCCCCCCCGACGGGCCGCCCGUUGCGCUGGCCGUGACCGGCAGAGCCGUCACACUGACCUGGAACAAACCCAAGUGGCUCGACUCAGCCAUAGACCCUGCCUCGGUGACCUACACCAUCCAGCAGCAGGUGCUGGGCACCAGCCAAUGGACCAUCGUGGCCACCGGCCUGCCAGACACCCGCUGCACAUUGCACAGCCUGGCCAAGGGGCCACGAUACCUCUUCCGAGUGCUCACGGCCACCCCCAGGAGCAGCAGCAAGCCCUCGCCUCCCAGCGAGCCAGUGCAGCUCCUGGAUCGGGGUCCGUACCUGGAGGAGGCUCCCGUCAUCCUGGACAAGCCAGACGUGGUGUACGCAGUGGAGGACCAGCCAGCCUCCGUCACCGUGACCCUGAACCACGUGGAGGCCACGGUCACCUGGAAGAGGGGCGGGUUGGUGCUGGAGGAGCGGGCUGGCGAGUGUGAGCUGAGCAUGGCUGACGACGAGCAGCACUGCCUGCGGCUCUGCCAGGUGCACCGCGGGGACGCUGGGGAGCUCACCUGCGAGGUGAGCAACAGGCACGGCGCGGACAGCUGCUCCAUCAGCCUGCAGCUGGCAGAGGCGCCGCGCUUCGAGUCCAUCAUGGAGGACCUGGAGGUCGGGGAGGGCGAGACGCCGCGCUUCGCCGUGGUGGUGGAGGGCAAGCCGCUGCCCGACAUCAUGUGGUACAAGGACGAGGCGCUGCUGGCCGAGAGCAGCCGCCUGACCUUUGUCUACGACGACAGCGAGUGCUCCCUGGUGCUGCUGGGCGCCACGGCCCGCGACAGCGGCGUCUACACCUGCACCGCCCGCAACAUGGCUGGGGAGGUGUCCUGCAAGGCCGAGCUGGUGGUGCGUGCAGCCCAGCCGGAGGCAGCGGCCGCGGUGUCAGAGGAGGGGCAUGCGGCCCGGCGGCUGACGGACGACUACGAGGUGCACGAGGAGAUCGGGAGGGGGGCCUUCUCCUACGUGCGGCGGGUGAGGGAGAAGAGCAGCGGGCUGGACUAUGCAGCCAAGUUCAUCCCCUGCCGGGCCAAGGCCAAGCAGUCGGCGCGCAGGGAGCUGCAGAUCCUGUCCCAGCUGGACCACGAGCGCCUCGUCUGCUUCCACGACUCCUUCGAGAAGAAGAACGCCGUGAUCAUCGUCAUGGAGCUCUGCACGCAGGAGGAGCUGCUGGACAGGAUGGCGAGGAAGCCCUCGGUGUGCGAGUGGGAGGUUCGCUCCUACAUGCGGCAGCUGCUUGAGGGGCUUCGCUACCUGCAUCGCUGCAGCAUCCUGCACCUGGACGUGAAGCCGGAGAACCUGCUGAUGGCCGGCAGCGACCAGGUGCGGCUCUGCGACUUUGGCAACGCGCAGCGGCUGGCGCCGGAGGGGGCCCAGUACUGCAAGUACGGCACCCCCGAGUUCGUGGGCCCGGAGAUCGUCAGCCAGAGCCCCGUGUCCAUCGUCACCGACGUCUGGCCCGUGGGAGUCAUCGCCUACCUAUGCCUGACGGGGAUCUCCCCGUUUGUGGGCGAGAACGACAAGACCACGCUGCUGAACAUCCGCAACUACAACGUGGCCUUCGAGGAGAGCAUGUUCCUGGGGCUGACGCGGGAGGCCAAGGGCUUCCUCAUCAAAGUGCUGGUGAACGACCGACUGAGACCCAACGCGGAGCAGACGCUGGAGCACCCCUGGUUUAAGACCUUGGCCAAGGGGAAAUCCAUCAGCACCGACCCCCUGAAGCUCUUCCUCUGCCGCAGGAAGUGGCAGCGCUCUCAGAUCAGCUACAAAGGCAGCCUGGUGCUGAGAGCCAUCCCGGAGCUGCUGGAGGACACGUCCAGCCACCUCUCCAUCGCCCUGCCCCGGCACCUCAAGGACUCGCCCGCCCUCUCCUCCUCCUCGGACUCGGAGGAGCUGGACGAGCUGCCCCUGCCGCCCAGGCCCCACCAGGUGGAGUUCUCCGGCUCCCGCGUCUCCCUGAACGAGCUCCCCACGGAGGAGGAAGCCCUGGGCCAGGCCGAGGGGGCGCUGGAGGAGGUCCCCGUGGAGUGGCAGGCGGAGGGGGCAGGCCCGGGGAAGGGGCCCGCGGCGGCGGAGGGGCCUGGCUCCGCACAUGAGGACUCCGCCGAGGCCCAGUCGCGGCCCGGCUGCCCCCGGAAGGCCCUGCAGAAGGGCUCCAGCCUGGAGUUCCCGGAGGGGGGGCGCCCGCCUGGCCGGAAGGGCGAGCUGCGGCGGGGCAGCUCUGCGGACAGCGCCCUCCUGCUGGGCCUGCCGGCGGGCGAGGAGCCCCCCCCGGCGCUGAAGAAGGCGGCGUCCAUGGAGCUGCCGCGCCGGAGCCCCAGCCCGGGGGGGGCGCAUCGCAGGCAGGCCGAGGAGGAGCGCGCCCAGCGCCUGGAGCUCGUGCGCCAGCGCCUGCUGCGGGACGGCCCCGUGGAGCCCAGGGUCAGCGGCCUGCGGGGGCCGCUCCUGGAGAGCCUGGAGAAGAAGGUGCUGCGGCCCCCCCGGCCCGCAAAGCAGCCGCCCCCGGGGGCCAGGCUGGUGCGGGCGGCCUCCAGCGAGGCAGCCCCGCAGCACCCGCCCCCAGCGCCGCGCCUGCUGCAGAAGAGCAGCUCCUUCAGCCAGGGCGACCUGGAGCCGGUGCUGGUGCACCGCCGCUCGGGCGCCCCGCUCGAGAUCCCCGGGACGCGCCUGGAAAGCCAGCGGCUCCAGGAGUCCCCCUCGCUCUCCGCCCUGACGGAGUCCCGGCCCCCGACCCCGCGGGAAAGUUCCUCCAGGCCGCCCGAGGCCUCCCCUGAGCAGGGCCCUGUGCCGGGGGACGCUGCCGGGCCCAGAGCCAGCUUGGCAGCUGUGGGCAAGAAGCCUCCGGCCGAGAGGCCUCAAGAAAAGCCUCUGCCGCGGCCUGCAGCUGCCCGAGCUGCCCAGGUCCCCCUGCAGGCAGCUCCCAAGCCCAGAGCAUCCCUGCCCGAGCCCCCUGCCCCCGACUCCAGGGCCCCCAAACCCUCCUCCUACGCACAGGUGAUCCAGUCCAUCCAGCUCCCCGGGGAGCCUCCCCCCCCAGCCCCCGCUGCCCGCCCGGAGCCGCGCCCCAGCAGCGCCCUGCCCAUCAAGGACAUCGACUCGGAGGAAGUCUUUGAGGCCAAGUUCAAGCAGGGCCGGGAGUCGUCGCUCAGCCGCGGCCUGAAGCUCCUCGGCAGGCCUCGCUCGGCGGAGCGGCGCCCGGCCAGCCCGCUGGUGCGGGAGGAGGGGAUGUACCGGCCCGGCCCGGCCGGGGCACCGCUGCAGCUCGCCAAGGGCCCGGCCCAGAGGGCCCAGUCGGUGCAGGAGCUGCGUGAGCCGGAGGAGGCCAGCUUCAUCCGCAGGAUGUCCCAGCGCCUGUGUCGCACGCCGCCCAUGGAGCGCAAGCAGCCCCCGGAGCAGGAGUCGGGCCGCGAGCCCCCGAGCCGGGGCCGCCGUCUCUCCUGGAGCCUGGGGCUGGGCAGCUCCAAGGACAAGCGGGACUCGGCGAGCCUGAAAUCGGAGCCAGGCCGGAGCCAGGCCAGGUCGGAGCCCCCCGGCAGGGAGCCCGGCGAGUCGCCCGUCGUGGCCAUGAGGCGGAAGAUCAGCUCCACCAUGGAGCGCCUCUCCCAGCGCCUGCGCAGCCCCUCGGCCGACAGCGGGGAGGCGGAGGGGCCCGGGGAGCCGAGCCCGCUGCGGAGGUCCAACUCGGAGGGGGAGAACCUGCACAAGAUGGGGAUCCCGCAGAACCAGCUGGCGGCACAGUCAGCCCUGGCGCCCUCCGCCGAGUCCUUCCAGUCGCAGAGCAGCAGCCGCUCGGAGGCGGGUGCCAGAGCUCCCAGCGAGGGCCAGGGCCGCUCCCGGUGGGACCGCUGGGGCCUGUCCCGCGCCAGGAGGGACAAGGCGGCCUCGCAGCCCAGCAUCCCGGCCAGCCUGCGGCAGGAGGACGGCGCCCUUGUGGGCAGGCAGUACGUGCGCAACGAAUCGGACUUCCCCCCCGUUUUCCACAUCAAGCUGAAGGACCAGGUGCUGCUGGAGGGCGACCCGGCAACCCUGUUCUGCCUGCCAGCUGCCAGCCCGUCCCCCAAAAUCCUCUGGAUGAAGGACAAGCAGGCGCUGGUGUCCGACGCCGCGGUGAACAUCGUCUCGUGUAAGGAUGGCCGCCAGCUGCUCUCCAUCCCCAAGACGUGCAAGAAGGAUGCAGGCCUGUACGAGUGCACCGCUGCCAACGCCCUGGGCACGGCCACCAGCUCGUGCACUCUGGCCGUGGCACGCCUGCCGGGGAAGCCGGGCACCCCGGAGAUCCCUCAGAAGUACAAGAACACGGUGCUGGUGCUGUGGAAGCCUGCGGACAGCCGGGCCCCUUGCACCUACAUCCUGGAGUGCAGACUGAACGGGGAACGCGAGUGGAAGACCAUCGGCUCGGGCAUCCCCGACUGCUACUUCAACGUGACGGAGCUGCCCGCCAGGAGCACGGCCAGCUUCCGGGUCGCCUGCGUCAACAAGGCCGGCCAGGGGCCCUACAGCAACCCCUCGGCGACGGUGGCCAUCGAGCCCGACGAUCCCAGCGCUGCCCCCAAGAGAGCCGCUUCCAGCCGCUUCACCCAGCCCCCUCCUGCCCAGCCCGCGCCACAAACCGUGGGGGCCCCUCCCCCCACCCCGCCCCGCAAGCACAAAGGGGUCGUGCACAUGCCCGGCCGGGCACCACAGGCGCCUGUUCCCGGGGGCGCCUCUGCCGCCAUCCAGCCGCCUCCCCGUGCCGAGGCAGAGCCUGCCCCCCAAGGGCAGCUCAGCCCCCCUGCCGCCCCCCCAGCAAUUGCUGGGUCUGGCUCCCCAGAGCUGGCGUUAACACCAUCCAGGGCUGCCCCUCCGCGCCCCCUCGCCACCCACACAACCAGCCAGGCGGUGCAGGGCUCAGCCGCCCCUCCAGCCCAGCCCCCUUCCCGGCUCGCCCCCAUUGCUCCAGCAUCGGCCACGCCCGUGUCCCCCUCCCCCAAAGCCGCGCCCAUGUACAUGGUCACCUCCUUUGUCUCCAUGCCGGCUGCGACGCCCCCCACGGAAGCCCCGUCCCCUCUCCCCAAAGAGGCGGUGCCAUCGGCCACGCGGUUCCCGGGCCGGAGCGCCACCCCGAGCAGGGAGCCCGGCGGCCCCGCCAGCAGGCUGAGCCCCCCAGAGGCACAGGAGGGCACAGCGCUGCGCCAGGGGGUCCCCCAGAAGCCUUACACCUUCCUGGAGGAGAAAGCGAGGGGCCGGUUCGGGGUGAUCCGGGAGUGCAAGGAGAACGCCACCGGGAAGCACUUCAUGGCCAAGAUCAUCCCCUACGAGGCGGAGAAGAAGCAGAGCGUCCUGCAGGAGUACGAGCUCCUCAAGGGGCUGCACCACGAACGCAUCAUGGGCCUGCACGAAGCCUACAUCACCCCCCGCUACCUGGUGCUGAUCGCCGAGCACUGCGCCGGCAAGGAGAUCCUCUACCACCUCGUGGACAGGUUCCGCUACUCGGAGGACGACGUGGCCGGCUACGUGCUGCAGCUGCUGCAGGGGCUGGAGUACCUGCACGGGCACCGCAUCGUGCACCUGGACAUCAAACCCGACAACGUGCUCGUCGCCUACAGCAACGCGGUGAAGAUCAUCGACUUCGGCAGCGCCCAGAGCUACAACCCGCUGGUGCUGCGCAGGCUGGGGCGCCGGGUGGGCACGCUGGAGUUCAUGGCUCCGGAGGUGGUGAAGGGAGACCCGGUGGGCUCUGCGGCCGAUAUCUGGGGGGUCGGCGUGCUCACCUACAUCAUGCUCAGCGGCCGGUCGCCGUUCUUCGAGCUGGAUCCCAUCGAGACUGAGAACAGGAUCCUGGCCGGGCGCUUCGAUGCCUUCAAGCUGUAUCCCAACGCCUCGCAGAGCGCCGCCCUCUUCAUCCGCAAGCUGCUCUGCAUCUACCCCUGGAGCCGGCCCACCAGCAAGGACUGUUUUGCCAACCCCUGGCUGCAGGACGCCUACCUGAUGAAGCUGCGCCGCCAGACCCUGACCUUCACCACCAACCGGCUCAAGGAGUUCCUGGUGGAGCACCAGCGGCGGCGCGGCGAGGCCGUCACCAAGCACAAGGUCUUACUCCGCUCCUACCGCGGCUCCGGCAGCCAGCCGCCCCCUGCGCCGGUCACGCCGUAGCCCCCCCCGCGGCGACGGAGGAGUCGAAGGAACAUUCCAGGGGCCGGGCCCGCGGCUCCGGCAGGGCUGGGCCGCUCGGGCACUGCGGGCCCCUCCGCCCAGCAGAGUCGGCACCGCCGGGGGCUCGCUGCUCCGCGCCUGGCUGCUCCCGCUCCUCCUGCGGGGGGCCUGCUGCAAGGGGCGGGACUUCCUGGUUUGCUGUGCCUGAGGACAGGAAAUGCUACGCAAACAGCUGGACUCCCAGGACUAGGGGCUGGCGGGCUGUGGGGGGAGGGGAGACGGGCGCCCAGCAGCAACCUGUCAAGGGGGGAGAUGGAGGGCCGGGGGCAGGAAGCAGGAGCCGUGACGAUGGGGAGCCACCCGCAUUGUCUGCCCUUUGCGAUGGGUCCCCGGGUUUGGGGGGGCCCGGCCCGGCCCGUGGGGUUCCACCGCCGGCAAGCAGCUCCUCACGUCUCUCCCUCCAGCGCCCCGCGUGCUCUGGGGCUGGGCUGCAGGGCUGCUCGCGUGCCCUGUAAGCGGAGCCGCGGCCGUGGUGCUCACUGCCUCCUGCCCCGCUCGGGGGCGCUGUCGCCCCGGUUUGGCGGUCCAGCCCCGGCCCCACUCGGUGGCCUCCCACCCCUGCCCCACACGCCGCAGGCUGCCAAAUGGUGAGUUUGCAUCUGUGCUGAAUAUGGCUGAGCUAGUUGUGCGACCCCCAGCAUCCAGCGCCUGCCCCCCCCCCACAGCUCGGGCCCCAGGGAGCGGCUACCACACACCUGCGGGGGGGGGGGGCAUUUUGACUGAGGGCAGCCUGUGGCUUCAGUUCCAUCGGAAGUCAGGGAAGCUGGUGCCUGUUAUGGAUGAGGGCAAACUGAGCAGCCCCCCACCUUCCCCCCCUGCACCUGGGGAGCUGCUAGGAGUCACCUGCCGUCUCCGGCCACAGUCUGACACGCAGAGCGAUGCCCGUGUGCCCCUGUGCACACACAGCGACACGCCUCUACGUACAUGCACAUGCCUGUACACAUGUACAGUGACUCCCCUAUGCACACACAGCAACAUGCCUGUAUCCCCCCCCCCCAGUGACGCCUGUACAAAUGAACACACAGGGACACACCUGUACAUACGUACACACACAUGCCUGUACACAUGUACAGUGAAUCCCCUAUGAAUGCACAGCCACAUGCCAGUAUGUCCCAUGCACACACAGUGACGCCUGUACACAUGUUCACACAGCCAGGGACACACCUCUACACACACACAACAACACGCUUCUACAUACACACACCUGUACAAAUGCACAGUGACAUGCCUGUUCACAUGUACAGUGACUCCCCUAUGAAUGCAGUGAUGCCUGUACACACACAGUGACACACCUCUAUGUACAUGCACAAGCAGGUACAUCCCACACACAGCGAUGCCUGUACUCACGUACACACACACAUAGCAAUGCUCUAUGCACACACAGCGACGCCUGUACUCACGUACACACAGACAGGGACACACCUGUACACAGCAAUGCUCUGUGCACACACAGCGACGCCUGUAUACAUGCACAGUGACACACCUGUACACACACAGCAAUGCUCUUUGCACACACAGCGAUGCCUGUAUACAUGCACAGUGACACACCUGUACACACACAGCAAUGCUCUGUGCACACACAGCGACACACCUAUAUACACACGACACCCCAUGCACGCGCACACACACCUGGAGCGUGGCGACACAGAACGACACUCCCCCAUAUGCCCCCCUGUGCUGCCCAGCACCAGGCAGUUCCCAGAUAACUGCCCCCCCAGGGCUCUGCCCCAGGGCUGCCCGCCCAGGUCUCUGCGCCAGCCACCCCCUCGCUCGGCGUGGGACCCAUGGCCCCCUCCUCCGCCCCGCGGGUUCGGCUGGACCCCUGGCACUGCGGCCCCCAGAGAUACCGCAUGGGGUGGCAGCUUUGGUUACAAUCCACCCACCCCCGCCCGUCCCUCCCGCAGACAUCCGCCCCCCCCGUCCAGCACCGUGUGCGCCCCCAUCCCCAUCACUCACAGCCCCGUAUGCACAG